AUGGGUACCGAUUUUUUCCAUUCCGUGGUAUCCAGUUCUUCGAAGUGGUAUGUUGUUAAGGUUACGAACAAAUGGAUUCACGAGCGAGGAAAUGAAUUCCGUCGUCCUUGUGGCUUGAGAAUGUCGGAUGGAGAACGAUUCAUCGGCGACCUUGGUUUCGGACCAGAGCCCAGGAACGCCCCGAAUCUCAGUCCAGUCUUGUCCAAGAACAUCUACGAUACUAUUAAGUAA